AUGCUGCUGCUGUGCACUGUUCUCCUCUGUGUUUCCCUCCACACACAUCCAAUCAACGGUGGACCCCCUAGCCGCUGUGAUGCCACGCCCAGCGCGAACGACCUUGAACCCUACCUCGUCAACUCGCCAAUAGUGGCUCACGCGCGACUCCAGGAGAUAGUCCCGCUUGGGGAACGACUGAGGCAGGCCCAGGGGUUUGAGUUCGACCUCGUAGCCCACAUCACCAAGAUUAUCAACAAACCGCCCUCCCUUCAAGUGCCCACUCGUAUCGUCGUUCGCAGGUUCUUCAUCCCCCCACCCAACACCACUGACCCCUAUUGGCGACAGCGAUUCGGAUGUCUGGAAUUCUUUCAACCAAACGCCAAAUUCACCUUCAUGAUUGCCGAAACCGCCGAAAGUGUGUUUCACGCUGGAUCUAGUCUUCCUGUUUUUGCUCUUACCGGUCCCCUAAUUCCCUACGAUAGCAAAUUGAACGUUAAAAUAUUUGAGUCCCUCUGCAAGUCGUGCGAUGCCCCCAAAGUCAACUCAUUCCAGACCCAGACGGUUCCGUUUGGCGGAAAUUUCAACACGACCUGCAUCGCAGAAGGCAAUCCCCUACCGGAUGUGAUGUGGUUCAAGGGCGCCUAUCCAGUCGACUUGGUCUUCAAUGGUCGUGGCCUACGCGUUGACAUCAUCCAGUUGAGCAACAGCAUUCGACACGCCAUUCUGGAGAUCGAAAAUCUCAUUCUCCUGGACAAUGGUGACUACACGUGCAAGGCCUCCAACGUCCUUGGCAUUGCGCAGUCUGUGCUCAAACUACGAGUUACAACAGCCGGCGUACCGCCGUCAAAGCAGGAAGAUGCCAUGGACUCGAGAGAUUUCGAACCCUGUCCGCCGGCAGAAAAUCACUGCUUCAACGGCGGUGAAUGCUACGUCAGAAAGACGGAUCCCCUUGUGAGGAAGUGCAACUGCAAGGAAGCCUUCAUGGGCGACCAAUGCCAAUUUCGAACCAGCGGAAUCGUCGUCAUCAUCAUCUUCAUCUUUCGUUGCAAGGAUCAGCGACUGAGACGGAAUCGAAAAAUAAUGCGAAUUCUCGAAGGACGAAACAGCGAUGUACUUUGCAAAUCUCAGUAUGUUCAAGUGAACACAAUCGACCCACCGCCCCCGCCAAUAAAGAAUACACGAUUCCUUAGUCGACAAUCGCAGCACCAACAAACUCCAAGUUUAGCUCCCCUGCUUCCACAGACACCCCAUUACGCGCGUCUUCCGAACAACGUUUUUGACUUUAACCUGGGACCCCCUGCUUCGCCAAGUGUAGGUAACAAAACAUUUCGCGAUGACUCCUUGACAAGGCCUCGUAUUACGUCACUUCAACAGCCUCAACACCUUGGUCUUCAGGUGGGCACACUGGAUCCAAUUGAAGAACACGAAUCCAUCGGAGAGUUUGACCAGCAACCACCGCCGUCCAGGCAGACCCAAUAUUUGUAA